GAGGCAGCAGCCGGCUUUAUCUGCGGGCGACUGCCAUCGGGAGGGCUUUUGUGACCGCCGAAUUCUCUGUAUUUGAAAUACUCAAUACUUCUCCGUCGUUUCAAUCGAGAGCUGUAUUUAUUUCACAAUCUCAUAACUUAGCCUUGAAAUGUUUUUUAUCCGUACCGCGCGGAGAGCCGACUGCGGACAGCUGGCUGAGAUUAUGAAAACGUGGCCGGAAAAUCAGGAGACGGAUAUCGAUAUUCUCACUAUACGUCUGACAAAAAACGGAUUUUCAGAAAAGCCGGUUUUCUCCAUUUUCAUCGCAGAGGACACCGCUAGAGUGGUGUCGUCAGGGAGCGCCUCCAUCGUCGGCUGGGUCCUCUUCUCCCGGAUCUACUCGACGUGGGAGGGAAGAAGCCUCCGACUGGACACCAUCUUCGUGGUACCCGACUUCAGGAGACAGGGUGUCGGCACGGCACUGCUCAGAAGCGUUAUUCAGAUGUGCCGCGCCGUGGGAUGUCAGCGGAUCGACUGCUGUCCCAGGGCGAGGAACAAGGGUCUCAUCAGGCUGCUUCAGAAGCAUCAGGCCAGCGACCUGAAUGAGGUCGAAGGCUGGAGCUUCUACCAGCUCAACCGGGACUACAUGAGGAAGCUGGAGCAACAACAAUAGAAGCGUGUCUGGCAGGAUAUUUAUAACGCAAUGGAAGUGUGAUGUUUGUAGUUUUAGUAUGUAUUGUGGGAUCCAGUAGUACAUGUUACAAAAGACGCAAAAAAACAAGGGCGCGUGGAAGAGCACAGACGCUGUUUAUUCUCGACAGAAGAUUGGAGAAAGACAACAUAGAUAAUUUAGAUUUCUCUUUUGGUCAUGUAUCGGUUCGGGCAAUUCCCGAAUAAA